GGCGGCACUUGUUAUUGUUCAAUGCCGUGCGUAGAAUUGUCAUAAUAAUGACAGGAAAAUUGUCAUUUACAGAUGACAAUAUGGAAGAAGGAGACCCUGACCCAGAGCAGGAGGACCACUUGCUUCAAACCGUCCUCACCUGUAAGGGAGAUCUGGCUGAUCCAGAAUUCCCAAGCAGGUUAAAGCAGCUGACUUCUAAGCUGGAAAAUAUCCUUCAUACAGACGUGCGAGUGAGCAAGGUGGAGCCGUGGAAUAGCGUGCGCGUGACCUUCAACAUCCCUCGUGACGCCGCGCUACGACUCAAACAUCUCGCCGAGCGAGGCGACAACAAACUGCAGGAGCUCGGCGUCUUAUCUGUGCAGAUAGAGGGCGACACCAUUGUCGCCCUGACGAUUGCCGGCCGCGACAAUCAACCGCAGGAAAUAGUGUUGAAGACGACGGACGGUGGCGCUGCGAGUGGUGGUGGCGGCGGCGGCGGCGGCGGCGGGUUCGCGCAGACGGACGACGCUAGCGCCCCCGGUCCGAGUAACGUCGACAUCACGCAGAAGAGCAUCUCUCAGCUGUUCGCGCAGCACUCGCCUGUCGGUCACACCGCCUCCAAUCUCUUCAACCAGAUCGCCGCGAGCGGAGUGUUCCGUUCUCCGAACGUCGUCGCGCCCAACAGUGAGCCGCUGCCGUUCCAGCAGGCGAGUCCGCGCAACGCUGUGAUUGGCCAGCGUAGACCGGCCGUGCAUGCUUUCCCAUUCUCCAGCAUGCAGACGCAUCCCGUCAGCUCUAGUCAGUCGGCGACGUCGCCCGGCCUCGCAACUAUGGGCAACCCCAUGCUGCAGCAGCAGCAGCAGCCGCGUGGGUUCGCGCCGGGGCAGGUGUACCCGCCGCCGCGGCCGCCGGGUCUGCCCACGCAGACGAGCAUCAGCUACACGAGCGUGCCGCGCAUGGUCGCCAGCAGUGAGGUGGCGCUGUCCAGCCCGCUGCUAGUCAACCUGCUGCAGAGUGGCGGCGGCGGCGGAGGCGCGGACGCGCACAACAAGCUGCUGAGUCCGACGGCAAACGCCGAGGGAACGCCGAAGAAGAAGCGCAAGCCGAGGAAGUCGAAGGAGAAGCCGGGGGAGCGGCUGAAACCAGCCCCGCUGUCGAUCGCCCGUACGUCGCCGCAGCCGCAGGAUCCCCCACCGCCCGGGAUGCGACACAUCAUCAACCCCUUCACGGGUCAGCUGGAACCCGUCGCUAACGACGACUCUGAGAGCAGCCCCGGCCCCGCCGACCACCCUGAGACAGCUAACGACUUCUCGUUCAGUUCGCCCGAGCAUGUGAAGCCGGGCAAGGCAGGCUCGGAUGUGGAUGAGGAGGCAGAGGCACGCGUGCGUGUCCCCGCCGCCGACGACGACGACGACAAUGUGAAAAAAUCAAAUUCGGAGGAUAGUGAACGCUUAGAUGCUGUGGGUGUGAUUGCGUCGGAAGAUGCAAACGAUUUGACUGCUAGUAGUGCGGAGUGGCAACCCGGCUCUCCGAAACUAAAACUCGUAAAGUCGGAAUCAAAAUCGCCGCCUCUGGCGCCAACUGUGCUAAAAAUAACGUCCACGAGGGAUAACCAAGGUAAUCCCACAUUCACUGUGCGCACACGGACGCGCGACAGCAAGACGAAAGACGAUAAAUUGAUAAAGUGUUCCGUUAAAGUCGACACCAAGCGGUCGUCGGACGACGAACCGAAACUGCCUCCGAUCAAAAUCAAGAUUCCCAAGUCGAGCAUCGCGUCGUUAGAGCAGAGCAUAACGAGUGUGAGUCCGAGCCGGAGGAAGUGCAAGGACCGGUCGCGAGGUUCCAGCUCUGAGCGAUCGCCUGGGAUCGGCCGCUCCAAGGACACACUGCUGUCCUCCGACGAUCAUGAUAAACCGAUCACGGUGACGCGGAUGGAGGACAUCACGGAGCCGGGAGAGCCGCAGGCAGCUGAGUGUGGCAUCACCAGCACCACCAUCGUCAUCGGCGUCGAGCCACCUAAGAUGGAUGAGGUGCCCGUGUCUCGUCUCUCCGCCGACGCAAACUCCUCCCUCCUCUCCUCCUCCUCCUCCUCCUCCGUCUCUGCCACAGCCGUCGCCGUCGCCGACGAGAAACCGGAGAUAUCGGUGAGCAGGACAGUGCUGGCGGCGGACGGUGCAUGCAGCGCCGCCAUGCCUGCGCGUGUGUCCGCUCCCGCCGCCACGGACGAGGAGGCGGUGUGCACCGCUAACCACUUGUCCGGCAGUGCGAGCGACAUGUCUGUCGCGAGCCGCGGUGCCACGCAUGAGGCAGCUGUUACGAAUACCUCCGCUCAGAACAAUGAGAUGCACGGCGGCAAGACGACGGCGCGGCACGCCGACACGAUCGACCGCACGGCCGCCACAGCCGAACCCCACCCCGGCGUGAACAAUGCCGCCGCAGCGACACCUGGUGUUGCGCCCGCGAACCGGCAGCUGCAGAAGACGGAAGGUGGCGGGCCGGCGGCGGCGGCUGCGGCGGACGACGUUUCCGCGGAGACGAAACCAGUCGACGAGCUUCUGAAAAUGAAGACGAGCGAACUGCUGGCUGCGGACUCCUGCCGGGACAGUGGCAAGGGCACGAGUCCUGAGAGCGAGCGAGACAAGAGCCCAGAGAACAGCGACAAGGGCAAGAGUCCGAACAGCCUGAAGGACCCGUCCGAGUGGGAGGGACUCGAGGAUUACCUCGACGAAUGCAGCAAGAGUCCGUCGAGUCUCGGCGGCGGCGGCGGCGCCUCCAACACCUACAAGUUCUCGUAUGGCGGCGGCGGAGGCCAGUACGCGGUGACGGCGGCGCCCCCCGGUGGCACGAACAGUUCGUCGCACGUGCGGACGACGUCGAGCUACGACGCGGACACGCUGGCAGGGGGCGCCACGCUGCUGGGGGCGACAUCAGACCACCGCGGCGGCGGCGGCGGCGACGUGUGUUCAACGUUGGCGAGCGUCUAUGGAGCGCGAGCGUACGGCGUGGACGCUCCGCCGCGGCCGCACGUCAAGUUAAAGUCCGGCCAGGCUGCUGCCGGCGGCGUCUACAAGCAUGACGUGAAGCAAGUGCUGCAGCAGCAGCAGCACGGCAAGGUGAACAUGAAAGCUGCUGCUGCUGCUGCGGCGGCGAUGGUAGACGGAGGCGGCGGGGCGCGCGAGGUGACCGCUAACAUCGCGGCGGUGGGUGAGGCCGCCAUGCGCUCGCUGUACGCGCCGUGCAGUGCCAGCGGUGCCCUCGUCCCCAUCCAGGGUUACGGCGGCGGCGGCGGCGGCGGCGGCGGCAAGUCGUUCGCCGUACAGGAGGUGUAUGCUCGCGGCGCGCCCAGCCCCGCAGCCCUGCAGCAUGGCAAGUCUCUCGUCGCCGCGAUGCCCCUCAGUGCUCAGCCCGCGAGAACUACACACUCGCCCGUCGACCCGGCCACGGCGGCCGGCGCCAUCAUCCACGCGACGAAGCUAGGUGGCGUGUCGUACCCCCUGCAGCAGUGGAGCGGCGGCGGCGCGGUGAGUCUCGACGGCUUGCACAACGCGCAGCAGCAGCAGGGGGCGCCGGCGCCAGCAGCGUCGUCCGCGCAGCCGGGCCUGGCAUGCUCGCAGCCGGACGCGGCGACCGUAUCCGCGAAUAGUGUGUUUGCCGCCAGCGUGUCGUCGUCGUCGUCAGCGUCGAUGAACGGUCCGUCGUCGUCGGCGGCAGCGCUGUCUGUGACGGAGGUCGUGUCGAGCAUACUGAACGCUUACAGCGUGUCGAUGCAGGCAGCCGCCGGCUCCGCGCCCCAGACAACCUGCGCGUCGUUGAGUCGCGACCACAUGUCCAGGCAGCAUUACCAGUCGUCCCCGACGACGGCGACGACGGCGACCAAGAAUGCGUCGUACGGCGUGGCGGCGGCGGCGAUCGAUGGCGGAAACGCGCCGACGUUAAAAAAUGGUGCGGCGCAUCAGCAGACUCUCGCGCAGGGGGCGCUGGCAUCGCACCAGCCGCGCACGUCGUCCACUCAUUCUCCCGUCGUCGCGUCGAACCUCGCAAACACGAUAGCAGAGGUGAGUCGAGGCGUGGUUGCCGCGGGCGACAAGGCGGGCGUGUGUUCGCUCGCCACGGCAACGAGUCUGACCUCUACCUCACCGCAGCAGCAGCAGCGAGUAUCGAGCGGCGUAACCACGGCGACGACGACUACGAGAGUGCGGCCCUCCCCACCAAAACCUGCUCCCCUGCAAAUUCCAAAAGUGCAGACGUCCGGCCCAACGUUGGUGGCGUCUCCGGUCAACCUCGCGUCCAGUUACCUCCUGGCGGCGGCAAGUCUGACGCAGUCCGUUCAAGCCUCCAUGUCUCUUGCGUCCUCUCACCUGUUCGGCCCUCUAUCUCCGCCGCUGCCCAGCCUGCAGAGCAGUGCGGCGGGCAGCCAGUGCCUCACCACCACGUCUCAGGUUGGAGUCGGCUCCUACACGAUGCGCAGCAGCAAGGCUGUGCAGAAACGCUCAAUCAGUCCCGGCCGCGGCAGCUCCCCACGCGCCUGGUCCAACGCCGCGGCCCAGCCUGCCUCGCCGUCCCUCGCUGCAGUGACGGCCGACGCGUGCAGCAUAGCGGCGGCGGCGGCGGUGCGGGAGCAGCCAGCGUGCACGUGGACGACGACCCCCACUGCUGCGGCCGUGUCGAACGGUCCCGCAUCGCCCGCUUACUCGCUGCCAACGUCGAUAACAACAGCGCUGUCCGCUCUCUCCGAGACGUCGAUGGCCCUCAGUCGCUGCCACGGCCGCGCGGUGGCGCCACCUACCAGCAGCAGCCAGUCAAACUCCGCCCCCAUCACGAACGUGUUUCUCUCUCAGUUUGCCACGUCGGAGAUGUCGCACGACUCCGCUGACGCCAAGUCGCCGGCCAGCGACGGUUACCAUAGUGCCACAAAGCCGCAGUCUGCGUCGCCACGGCAACGCGACGAUGACUCGACGCCCGUCGCGCGGAAGCUGGAGUCGGAAUCUCACGCGGUGUCCGCGUCUCAGUUCAACUUCGAGGAGGUUUCUGUGUCUGCGUUGGUGAUGAACAGUGAUGAUGUGCACGACUACGCGCCCUUGCCUGCCCCCGGCGAGAACUCUCCAUCCCCCAAGCAGGAGCCGGCCGUCACGAAGACAAUUGUGAUCGACAUCCCCGUGUCGACGUCGUCAGUGCCGAUGGCUCCGGCGUCUGCGGGUAAGAGAGCCUCGCGGCAGCAGCCCAGCCCUCCCUCGAUGCGCAUCACGCGCUCAGCAGCCGUCGUCUCCCCCAAGCCGGCCGUUGUCGACGCCGCUCAGCAGGGGGCGCUAGCGUCGCACGCGGGCACACCGACGGCGACGCCUCGGGCGAGUCCGCGCGGCGUCAAGCGUAAGUGUGGCUCGGAGGAGCCGGAGAACGGGGUGGCGGGGGCGGGAGCCCGCGUGGGGGGGCGCCUACGCAGGAGGGGGUCGGUGGACUCGCAGCCGGAGCCCGUGAGCCCGCGGGAGACGUUCACGCGACCCAGCGAACCCGACGAGGCGAACGCCGCAUCCAAGAAGCUCUCCAAGCGCAAAUCUUCCGAGACGGCUGCUGAGCUCAUCAAGGCAUGCAUCGGACUGGAGGAGAAGCCUGCGCGGCCCUCCCCCACCGCGGGGGAGGACACGCGAGGGGGGAAACCCCUGCCCCCACCCCCGCUGCCGCGGGGGAGGCCCGGAGACGACGCGCGACCUGACUCCCCGAAACCCGCUGCACGACCGACGCGCAGUCGUCGCCGCGGCAACGCCGAGACGACGGAGAACGAGUCGAGCGAUGACGAGGUGUUGCUGAGUGAGCUGGUGGGGAGGAAGCCGGGGGAUCGUCGCGGGGGGAAGUCUCCUCAGGAGAGGCCGCUGCGAGGCAAGGAGAUCCAGAGCAACAGCCGUAACAACAAGGAUGCACGCGGCAUGCGCACCCGCACUCACUCCGAGUCAAGCGCCGCGUCCGAGACUGGAGACAGGCUGGGAAAGACGGGGAAGGAGGAGAAGGUUGGGAAGAAGGAAGUGCCAAAAGCAGUGGAGAAGAACACUCGAGCCGCGAGUAGGCGGAGGUGCUCUCCUUCACCGAUGCCACCUGUAGCCCAAGAACAAAAGGAACAAGUCGCAGAGAAAAACACAAACAAAAGAGCGACGCGGUCGAGUGGCACGAAAGUGGAGAGCUCGCAAGAUCUGCCACCUGUGAAGCGCAACCGACGACGGUGAGGCUGACGAGCGUCGUCACGGUAACGAGCGACGAUCCCCCGCCGGUCGAACGCGCGCUUGUCGUCUCAUCGUCCGACCGCGCCGGCCCGCGGGGGAGAGACCAGGCCUGUCAUUCGUCGCGCCCCCUGGCUGUGUGUGCGGGGGCAAAGAGCCGCACCUUGCUCCGGAGCGACAGCACGAAUAGCCACUUGUUUAUUUGUAGAAACGGGGCAGAGACACUGUGGAGGGGGAUCAGUGCGACCAAGACGCGACGAGGCAGCGACCGCCUGCAGAACUCUGAACUGUCGUUUUUCCAGGUGUGAGAGCAACUGACUGCUAACUGGUAGGGUCAACAGCGCAGAGCGAGAGAUAUUUGCAAAGUGCACGUGCCAUAAGAUGUAUAAAUAAAGUGCAAUAACGUCAGUCAAAUGUGCGGACCAAGAUUUUGUUGUGUGUUCGACACCGUGUGCUGCCACCUGUUGUGUUCUAGUAAUGGUUUUUUGUUGGAUAUAGUAUCUAUGGAAUAUUAUAUAUUUGAUUUUUUGGCACGUUGUGUGUGUGUGUGUGUAUGUAUGUAUGUGUGUGUGCGUGUGCGUGUGCGUGUGCGUGUGUGAGAGAGGUUGGCUAUUGAGGCAAAGAAUCACGUAUCACUGAAUUCUGUCUAAUCUGUAAAUACUGAAUAAGCUUCACAGUCGACUAGUAAGAACGUUCUGACCCAUGUUUGUAUAAUAACUGAAGAGUUUAGACUGUAAAGACUACUACCGCGUGUACAGACGAAAGAUGUGAACUUAGGUGCGCACGAUUAAGUUAAUAAUGUACAUGUGUAACGCUGGUGCGUACGGUUUGAGUUUCAAAGACUAUUAGAUAAUGCUAAAUGUGUAUUGAGCAUAGGUGUCAAAUAUUUUGACCUUGCCUAACUGGGAUGUUCUAUUGUUAAGUUAUGAAAUGUGGCAAGAGAACAUUUGCAAUCGCAUUCACCAUUUGCAGUUGGCAUCUUUAGUAGCGCUGUGCAUCUUAAUAGUGUUUCUGAACGCUUGUUGCUUGUAGAUUUAGUAAACAGUGCAAAAAUUAUGAAAAAUACUAAAAAAUAAUGAAUUGCGUGUGUAGAGGAAGAAAUCCUCUCACUGCGUCUGCAUUAGAACGAGUUGCUGCUGUUGCAGAGUAGUGCCGCACUAGAAUGGCAGGCAAUGGAUGAAGCAAGGGAGAACUGGGAUACACUGUGAACUGUCUGUUGUAAAAACAAUUCUUGUAUUUUCCUCUCUCUAUCUCCUUUAGAUUUAAAUCUUAGGUAUAUUAUAACCUUCGCUGUAUAAUAUGAUUGACUGUGGCUGCUGUUGUCGCGUGCCAGUUGGGUGUUGAUGAUUGUGAAGUUGCAAUUUUUCUGUGUUCACUCGUGUGGGAUAUGUCAGGUCCCAUUGUACAGGCUAUCUGUGAAGGCAUUUACCAUACACGGUGAAGCAGAUGUUACUAUGAAAUUGCCAGUUAUUUACACAAAAUGAAGUUUUCGCUUUGUAAAUUUACCAUAAAAUAAUACUGGAGUCUAAUCAAUUUCGCUGAUGAAUUGGAUUUAGUCGCCACUAUAUUAUUGUAACUAUAUCUCUGUACGCAGGAGAUCUAAUUGUACAUAGAAUCACUCUAAUAUACGCCUGUUCUAAUACUGAACAAUCUAUCAUUCUGUUUGCUUUAUUUUGAAGUUCAAAACUGCAAAGACGCGUUUUAAUAUAGUAUUAUUAAUAGUGUUUGGCGUGGUGAACGUAUCCGACACUGCAGUUGCUGUAGCGAUGUUCAAACCACACUCGUAGCAUCAAUUAUUGUAGUGGAAGCAGCAGCACGUUGUCUGACCUGUUACAUAGAAGCACAUGGAUAUAGAUAGCUCCAGGGUAGAAGCCAUGGUUGGUGUCAACUACUAUCCGCUUCAGUGUUACGUGUCUCCAUCGCGGUAGUAGGGUUGCUGUACUGGGUAGUAGAUAUUUCUCCUGUAUCACGGGCCAUCGUUGAUGAAGUGUCGUGUAACGUUGUCGACCCAGCUACCAAUAUCCGGAUUUCUCCUCGUUUGGUCUCGCCUGUGAGAUACUGCAUGUGCCCAUGCAGCACGUGCAUGCACCGAAAAUUCCGACUCGUUCUCCGAAUUAUGUUAGAACGUUAGAUACAGCUCUUUCACACGUGUUUAUUGCUCCGUUACUUUAUGUAGUGUUCUUGGAUUUGAUUUUUGCCAAUAGCUACGCACCGGCAACAGUUGCAGGCAUUUAACGUGUUUCUAGGGAGCCGUGCGUCUCUUGGUUGGUUGUCCUUCGCUCGUAUUCUAAUUUUUGUUUUAUUUUGAGUAAACUAUUAGCGCUGCAGCUGGGAUACACCUUACAAUAGUAGUGGGAGACACACUAAUGUGUGAUCUAUACUGCUAAGAUGUAUUUUGUAUUUUUAUAAAUAUCCCGUAUAAUAAAUACCUAUAGGCUAUAUAUGGAAAUUAAAAUUA